CCCUGCAUGCCUUUUGUGAUUCUUCCCGUUGAUAUAAACGCGUCCAGUCUAGCCAGUAUCAAGCCGUUCUUGCUGCAGGUCAUCACCACUGUGGCAUUCUUCCAUGACACGGCCAAACAGCAAAUCAUGGCGACAGAUGUUAUGCGUCAGGUUUCUGAGAGAAUGCUAAUCCAGGGAGAAAAGUCGAUGGAUCUGCUCCAGGGCUUGCUCGUCUUCUUGAGCUGGUUCAACCCUCACUCCUUCCUCCCCCAGAACCAUACCAACUUUCUUCAUCUUGCUAUGGCGCUCACUGUCGAUCUCAAUAUUGAUCGUAUGCCCGGCUUAUGCGAGAAGGUCGCGAUGGAGGCUGCAUCGAAAGCGCAUGGGAUACCCCAACCAGCCAAGACCAUAUCCAACGACGAACGUCGGGCUGUCAUUGGCAUCUUCUAUUUGACAUCGCAGAUCUUCACUUCAUUCAGAAAGGUCGAUACUCUGAAAUGGACGCCUUGGCUCACGGAGUGUGUCAAUGUGCUGAUCCACGCUCAAGAAUACGGAAGCGAUACAUUCCUCGUGCAACUCGUGCAAACGCAGCGCAUCAUGCACGAAGUCAUGUCCACCGAGUACGAUCACGCGCCAGUACAGUUCUAUGCCAAAUCGUUUUUGAGCGACCUUGAUAGUAUUGGAUCUCCAAGUGGAGACGGUACUAUGGCGACUGUGCGGCGCUUACAAUAUGCCUGCACACGAACUGCGAUUUGGGAGCGCUCUUUCGCAACUCUGACUGCAAACAAGGUCAAAGAAAAUGACCUCCGGCAACGGUUAGAUGGUAUGUGGCGUUGCAUGGAGGCUGUGAAAGCUUACAUUGAUGUAUACAUGGAGAUGCCCCCAGAGGACUAUCUGUUUGUUCCGUUUGGGGUCUUUGCCCAAUUCGCGUACAUUUUCGUGGUUAUCAUCCGAGCAUCGUCUAUCACAACAGACGGUUGGGAUGUCAAGGCCCUCCGUGAGUACAUCGACUUCUCUACGCUUAUGGAA